AUGGCGAGACCACGGAAUCGAAAGCGACAGCAAAUACCUGAGCUCUCGCAAAGUAAUCCUCCCCCAAAGAAAGCCAAGCUUAAAAGAGAAAGCAACUUCUCGCCAGUAUUCUGGGGUAACCUCUCAAAAAUCUGGCUUACGCCGUGUGCCCUAAGAGAGCUUAACCGUCGAAAUAGCGCAUAUACUCUGCCGAUAUUACCUGAGGUGUAUCCUACAGAUCUCGCCCGAUUCGCGAGACACGGCGGUCCAGAUCUUUGUCACCUGCGAGGCUAUUCUGAGCCGAAGAAAGACAUGAGCUCCAAUCCCUCCUCUACGUCUCGAAGUCGACCGACAAACUCGACGGCGGCGACAUCAGUCACUUCUAAGGCUAGGAAGUCCUCGGCAUAUAACGAUAAUUUCGAACAGCAUCUCAUCGACUACAAUAUAUAUCCCGAAGGAUAUGAGCAUCCGGAGAGCCGCUCCACUCCAGAGCCUAACAAUUCAAACCAAACCCACCAGGAGUUGUUGGCCUUUAGGGCCUCUCUGUCGCCCUCACGUUUCCCUGAGUCGGUAUUCCGCGACUUUAAGCGGAAGAACAGGACCAAGUCGGAGGGUAGUAUAAUGCGUAACGUGAUACCGUUGAUCGCUAGUGACUCAAAUACCCCAAACGAGAGCAAUAUACAAUUCACCAACCUCAUAUCACUUACGGAUGAAUCUACAGUUAAAGCGGUGCCAGACUAUUUUGAUGGAGCCAAAGCCAGUGACCUUCAUAGUGUGGUGAGGCGUGAGCUCAACGAGCUUGUCAUUCCCACCAAACAUGCAAAUGUUCCAAUAAUACCCAACUUUUUCUUGGAAGCCAAAGGCCCAAGUGGAAGUGUUUCCGUCGCCGAAAAGCUGGCAUGCUACGAUGGAGCACACGGGGCACGAGCCUUGCACGCCUUGCAAAACUAUAAGUUGGCUGAGCCGACCUACGACGGAAAUGCCUACACGUACAGCUCAACCUACCACGAUGGCACAUUAAAACUGUAUGCCCAUCACGUCACUGCACCUACCGUGGCGGAAGAACGGCCUGAGUACCACAUGACUCAGAUCGAUGGAUGGCAAAUGACGGGCAGUAUUGACACCUUUCGGCGUGGAGCGACUGCGUUUAGGAACGCUAGGGACUCGGCAAAACAACACCGGGAUAGCUUCAUUCAGGCUGCGAAUGCCACCGCUGAAGAUGCCGUCGAGCGACACGAAGCGGCCUCAAACCACCCUGAGAUGCCCGAGAUGCAAAGAUCCGAGGAUCGUUCGGCGCACACUGGCUGGAAGGAUGCGGAAGAGACGCUCCAGCAAUAA